ACGGGGACCCUGCAUACACGUGACAGUCAGCUGACGCCACCCGGAAGCUUUGAGGAAGUAUAAGAUCAUAACAAGAAAACUGCUACUCACAGCUUGAAUUUGGCAGUUAUUUGUGAUUAUUAGUUAUGGAGUCCACCCUCGAGCAACAUCUCGAUGAUACCAUGAAAAAUCCAGCAGUUGUCGGUGUGCUUUGCACGGAUCAACAAGGACACAACUUGGGCUGCCGUGGCUCACUGUCUGAUGAACACGGAGGCGUUGUGUCAGUUUUGUCCAAACAAGCUGCAGCUCUCACGAGAGACCCAACAGACACUCCGACUGUGUGCCUGGAGUCCGAGUCAGGAAACAUUCUGGUGAGGAGUCACGGGACCAUCACAGUAGCAGUUCACAAGAUAGCAUCCUGAAGACAACAUGACUUCACUGCAGAGUUUUUACCGUGAAGAAAUGUGCAUGUAAGCACACAUCAUGAUCACAUAAUCUCAAUGAACUUUGAUGAUGGGUUUCAGUUUGCAAGAGAAAUCUGGAGUUUCACUGUCUGUUGUGUUUGCUUUAUAUUCAGAUUCCAUAUUUAAACUAGGACAAUGCAAACUUUCUAAUACACUGAGUGUCCUUCCUUUUUGUGUGUGUGUGUGUAUACAAAAACAAAUCUACACCAAUCUGUCAUUAAUGCUGACUUGUUAAUGUCAUGUACAAAUUAUGCAUCUUAAUGCUUUAUGUGUGUGGCUUUGCUCCAUAUUCUCAAAUCCAAGUCAGUCAUACACAGAAUAACAGGCUUUAAUAAACUUUAACUUGACUUUGUGCUGCC